AUGCGUGCAGCUGUCUACACAGUCGGAGACGAUAUUGGUUGGAAAAUGGCUGACAUACCAGUUCCUCAUCACUCCUCCUUCUCAGUCUUGAUUCAAGUUAAAUCAGUGGCGCUCAAUCCGUCCAACUUCAAGCACCCCAUGAUCACUGCCACGUGGCCUUUCAUCAGACACUUGCGCAAAGACUGGCCCGUAGGAUACGAUGUGUCGGGAGUUGUGCUUUCAGCCGGCACGUCGAGUGCAUGCAACGUGAAGGCGGGGGAUAAGGUGUGGGGCAUCUCGAUCGGCGUAGCAGGGGAGUUUGCUGUGCUGCCCUGCUUUCUAACCGUGCCAAUCCCUGGCAAGCUGAGCUUCGAGGAAGCUGCUGGCCUCGGUGUCGCGGGCCUUACAACCCUGAUGGGCUACGAGCGCAGUGGGCUUGGCCCCAAGCAGAAGGUGCUCGUGGUGGGAGCAUCGGGUGGAUGCGGCCAGUUCGGAGUGAUGCUGGCAGGUGCGAUGGGUGCAAAGGUCACCGGCAUCUGUGGAAGCCAGAAUAUCGACUUCGUCAAGCAGCUGCAUACUAACGUUGAUGCUGUCUUCGACUACAAGCAGCCUUUCAAGAUGGCUGGGCUCUUUUCCAAGGGUCGAUAUUUUGAUGUCGUCUACGACACAGUGACAAGUAGUGCUCCAGAGGAUCCUAACUACGAGCCCAUGCUGGGGCCACUGCGGAAGGAAAACGGAACCUACUUGGCGAUAGGGCCAUGUCCCAAGCCAUCAGACCAGUUUCGCGCAUUCUGGGACGGAUUCACUCGACCGUUUGGACUGCGAUUGCAGAGAGAAGGCUACGAUUGGUAUUUUCUGCUACCGACCAAAACUCUUAUGCUGAAGCUAAAUAGCUUCUUCGAUUCCGGCAAGCUGACCGAAGUGCCGAUUGACUCCAAGUAUGAUGCCUUGGAGUCCAGUGAUGCCAUUGAGCAAGCAAUGGACAGGCAGAAAAGCCGCAGAGCUGUCGGCAAGAUUCUGCUGACCUUCGACAGGUGA